AUGACCGUCUUUGUGUGUUCUCUCUUCCUCCCCAAAACCAUACAUUUUACCCUCCCCGGCACUCCCCCUCCCGGUGUCGAUCCUUCCAGGACUUCGUUGUCUGGUUCCUCAAACAUUAACCUCCGCGGUGAUACUCGAGCUUCAUUGUCUGGUUCGGCAGUUCCCAAGGAUGGUGCAGCUCUACCACCCAAAACUGCUGCUCCCGUUGGCGGACGACCUGCGCCUCUGAACCGUCAACCAAGUCUCUUCCAGAAGGAGGACAUUACGCCUCCACGAACACCGACCGAAGAGGUUGAUGUGAAUUUGUUCGCAAACGAAGAUGGAAUAAGAAUACCGUUCCCCAAGAGACCUGGCUCUAAUGCUGGCAGCGGAAAGCCAUGGGGCAGCCGAGCCAACCAGCCCAAGUCGCGAGCCAGCUCCCCUCCUCCUCCUGCGUUAUCCGAGAACAGCCGUACAAUGCAAAAGGCACGCGAACUAGGACGCCAGGGAGUUAUACAGCCCAAACCUCUUGUCCGAAGCGACAGCCACGACCGAGUCUUUGCGUCGGCUGGAUGGAUGGUUGUGAAUGCCGACCAGGGCAACGGUGGUCUUCGAAAUGCUGCCGAUGCCGCUGCUCGCGAUGGCAAGAUUGACGAGAUUACAUGGGUUGGUACUCUAGGCAUGCCUACUGAUGCCCUCGAGGGUACCGAGCAAAAGCAGGACAUUGAAAACACUCUGGCCAACGAACACAACAUGUUGACCGUGUUCUGCUCUGACAAGGACUUUGACGGACAUUACGCUCACUUUUGCAAGCACAUCCUGUGGCCUGUCUUCCACUACCAAAUCCCCGACAACCCCAAGAGCAAGGCGUACGAGGAUCACUCGUGGAAGUACUACGUGAAUGUGAACCAGGCCUUUGCCGACCAGAUCGUCAAGAACUGGAAGCGUGGUGAUGUUGUCUGGAUUCACGACUACCAUCUGCUUCUCGUCCCUGAAAUGGUUCGCAAGAAGAUCCCCGAGGCCAAGAUUGGUUUCUUCCUGCACGUUGCUUUCCCUUCAUCCGAGGUUUUCCGAUGCCUAGCUGUCCGAAAGGAACUUUUGGAGGGUAUGCUUGGUGCUAAUCUUGUCGGUUUCCAAAUCCAUGAGUACGGACGCCAUUUCCUCCAGACUUGCAGUCGUAUUCUGAACGCUGAGGCUACACCGGAUGGUCUUCAACUUGAGGACCGAUUUGUUGAUGUCAUUCAUCUCGCUAUUGGCAUCGACCCGGUCAGUCUCCGUGAGCAUCUUGACGCUCCUGAGGUUGCCAAGUGGCUUCAGAUUAUGCAGGAGCGGUACAAGGGUAAGAGACUUAUUGUCGCUCGUGACAAGCUUGACCACGUCCGUGGUGUUCGCCAGAAGCUUUUGUCUUAUGAGCUGUUCCUCAACAAGAACCCCCAGUGGCGCGAAAACACUGUUCUUAUCCAAGUCGCGCUAUCGUCCAGCGAAAAGAGCGAUCUCGAGGCCACUGUUAGCGACAUUGUGACCAGAGUCAACUCAUCGUGGGCCAAUCUAGCGUAUCAGCCAGUGGUUUAUCUGAAGCAGGAUAUUGACUACGCUCAGUAUCUUGCUUUGUUGACCAUCGCUGAUGCUCUCAUGAUUACUAGCCAGCGUGAGGGCAUGAACUUGACCUCUCACGAGUACCUCUUCUGUCAAGAUGGAAAGCUUCUUCCUGAAAAGAAGCACGGUUCUCUGAUUCUGUCCGAGUUUACUGGUACUUCAUCCCUGUUUGCCAAGAAUGAACUUGCUGUAAACCCCUGGGAUUACCGCGCGUGUGCCGAUGCUAUCAAGCAAGCCUUGGAGAUGGGCCAAGAUGAAAAGGAUCAACGAUGGAACAACCUUUACGGCCGUGUUGUCAAGCACACUGGAUCUCACUGGUUUACUGAGUUCCUCGGUCGUCUGGACAUUGUGUAUGAGGAACAGCACAAGCGAGAUCAAACAUCAGUCCCUCGUUUGUCUGUUCCUGCCCUUUCGUCCAAGUACACCAAGGCUGAGCGACGACUUUUCAUCAUUGAUUAUGAAGGCACACUCGUGGCUUGGGGUCCCGUCAACCAGAUCAUUCCCAUCAGUCCUCAGCGAACUCUAGAUGUUCUCAACGAUCUACUUCUUGAUGAGCGCAACACUGUCUACGUCAUGUCUGGUCGACGACCUGAGGAGCUUGACCGUGUCUUCCGUCGCGUCCCCAACCUGGGUCUGAUUGCAGAGAACGGAUGUUUCCUAAAGUCGCAUGGAGAUGAUUCAUGGACCGAGAUGGCGGAUCUAGACCACGUCAAGGAUUGGAAGGAGUCAGUCCGACCCAUCAUGACAUACUUCCUUGAACGAACUCCUGGAGCCGAGAUUGAAGAGCGACGCUGCAGUUUGAUCUUCCACUACAAGAGUGCAGAGGAUUAUGAGACCGCUUCACGACAAGCUUCAGACUGUGCUAGCCACGUCAACGACGCUUGUGAAUCACAGCGUGUGCAUGCUAUCGCUCUUGAUGGAUGUAUUGCCGUUGAGCCUAUUGACUGGACCAAGCGUACUGCCGCCCGAAAGGUGUUUGAGACUCUAAAAGAGGAGAUUCACCCUACCACGGAGAAAAAGGCACCAGUUGAUUUCCUGAUGGUUAUUGGCGAUGGACGAGAGGAUGAAAAGGUGUUCAAGUGGGCCAACAGACUACAAGACGACGGUUCUGUAGAGAAUGUCGUGACAGUCAGUCUCGGUAACCGUAAUACCGAAGCAACAGCCACCCUUACGCAGGGUGUCAGUGGUACGUGUCUUUCUCUUGGUGAAUCGUGA